AUGUCCACUCGCCAUUCAUUCCUUUCGACUACAGGGCUGAUCAGGGCGCCCUCCAAUGCAACCGUGUCCGACACACCCUUACCUAGACAUGCCAGAUCUGGCGGCACCAAGCCCAGAAAACCAUUUCGCGCAAAGAAUGUGCUCGGCCGCACGAAAGGAGGCAUCCUUCCGCUGGGGACUCCGUUCAUCGUAGGAAUGGCGAUCGCGUUCUCCUUGGUCUUCAUCUUCUCGCUCUCGUGCGCUUUCAUCGGCAGUGAGGAAGAUGAGCCGCCUUUCAAGGAGUUGCUUGACAGUGUGGUGGCAAACAACCCUGGGAUUGUCCUCAUCGGCGACAAUGUCGAUGUCGAUGUCGACGAACCCGCCAUGACCAUCCGAUGGUCCAUAAUUGGCUGCGGUUCAGCGUUCGUGCUCCCUGGCUCGGAGGGAACACACGGCAGCAACGCAUGCGGUCUUCCCUCGAUGGCCUUGAACGUGUAUGUUGACAGCGGGACUGACCCUGAAGCAACGUAUGACCCGACCCAGUUCCCAACGGCCAUCAAGACGGGUCAGAGGAUCAGCAUACAGAACCUGUGUCAGUUUGACAGCGAUCACGUUCUCGACGUGCAUUUAGCUCGCAUGUAUCCGUUCGACACCUACCAGCUUGCCAGCACCCUUCGCGUCACAGACAGCGACAAUAACCCUGUCUCGAUAAGCGCCAUGACAACACUCAAGCUUACCUCCAGCUUUGCGAUCACACCCACGGAGGUAGACAGCCAUAUGAACACUUCGAACGGCGUGACAGGUCCAAGCAGCGACAUCAUUCUAUACAUUCGACGUCCGCCUGAAGCGAGAUUGUUCGCAAUGCUGCUAUUUUGCGUCACUUGGAUGCUUGCGCAUGCCGCGAUGAUCGUCGUCGUGCUCGCGCGACUGCAGGGAGACAGCGAGAGGACACUACAAUACAUGUUGUUCAUCUUGGUCGUGCUCUUGGCUAUUCCGCAACUGCGGAACACCAUGCCAGAUGCGCCUGGAUUUGACGGAGUCCUCCUGGACAGCAUCGGAUUCUUCCCGCAGAUGAUCUGCGCCGCUCUCGCGGGACUCCUUCUUUUCAUCUCGAUCGCGCACAGGAUACUGAAGGAGGUCCAUGUGCAGGAGGAGGAAGCAGAAGAGAAGGCCAGGACAGAGGCUCUCCCGCAGCCCAAGGGCCUGGAGAGACUCCGCCGCCAGGGCUCCUCGAUCGACUUCAGGGGCGCGCGCAGAUGGAGUAGAGCUGCCUUCCCUGGUGUACAUGUACAAGAUGAAGUUGAUGGGUUUUGA